UCAGCUGACUCAAUCACGUGACCAAAGCUUAGCUUCGCUGCACAAAAUGGAGUUGUCGGAUUCGGUGGCAAAGGGGCUCCAAACCUUGGCCGACCCCGCUUAUCUCGGCCUGCACCACUUCACGGCGUUAAUCGAAGUGGCCUUCCGCAGUCUGCUGUCUUCGCGAGCCGACGGCGUGUUCGAUCACCCAGAUCUGAAGAUCAUUGAUCAAGCUCUUCUGAAACACUGUCACGUCGCAGCAACAACGUUUAUUUUAGAAGCAGUGAAGCAAAAUGCAGACAAGUCAACUAUUAGCUCGUGCCUUGAAGAGGUCAAAUUUGACACUGAAAGAUCGGACGCUUUUUAUACAGCAUACCAGAAAAACAAAACAAGUCUGGAGAAUCUGUUGUCUAGCAUCGACGGAUGUCCUCCUCAUGUAACCGAUGCGUCGUGGCGUCUGGACUAUUGUAUAAAGAAUGGCCACGUGCAUAAGGUCAAUCAGCCGUCCUAUCUGAUUUCUUUCAGCACUCAGAAUGGGGAGAACGGAGCAACGUCUUCAGAAGUAAACUUUAGUUGCACAUUGGAGCAACUUCAGGAUCUGGUGGCAAAACUCAAGGACGCAGGUAAAACUAUGGAGCGCGCCUCCCAACUUUAGCCGCGCGCACGUCCGUUUUCCGUGAUCAGAUCCUUCUUCAGCCAGUUCCCAUCGGAGACGACAUGACGUGUUUUGCUGCUUUUGUGCCAUUUUCGUGUUUGUAAUUUCAUUUUAAAAAAUGUAUUAAAUAAAAUAUGAUACAAACGUCUCUUGUGAA